GUGUAUCCCAGACCUUUUCAGGUGUAUCUCAAACCCCUCUCCUCUCCCACAGGAGAAAUUCUCUGACUUCAACACCGGCAUCCGCUCCCCUCCCAAGCAGAUGGUUUGGUGCACGCGGCCCCGGAGCCGGCACCGUGCCGUGGUGCUGGCCUGGGAGCGGCAGCUGAUGGUGGUGGGAAAUUCCUCGGAGAGCAUCCGCUUUGUCCUGGAUGAGGAUUCGCACCUGGUGCCGGAGCUGGACGGGGUCCGGAUCCUGUCCCGCUCCUCCCACGAGUUCCUGCACGAGAUCCCAGGUGGGGAUCCCGGCACGGGAAUUCCCUGUGGAAUCUCCAUCCCUGGGAAUGUCCAAG